CCCGCCUCUUUCCCCUCCCCAGGCCCCGGCGAGCGCUGGUGUGGACGGCGGACUCACUGGAGCGCCGAGGCUGCCGCCGGUUGGGCCGGUGCCCUCUCCCGGUAACUCCUUCCCGGCGUGAUGCGCGGGUGUGAGGACGCGGCGGGCCCGGGCAGCCUCGGGCGGCCCCCCGUUAGUCCCUUCUCGCUCCCAGCGCCUGCUGGGCCCGGGGGGAGAUCGGGGAGCUGACCGGGCCCGGCCCGGGGCUCCCGGGGGCCGCGCGGGAGGGUCGCGACCUCCGGCGGGAGUCGAGGCGGGCCCAGACCUCGAGCGUGUGCCCGGGAGCCCCUGCCUGGCGCUGGGGGCGCUGCCCCGAGGGCGGCCAGCCUACCUGUUGGGCAGGGGGUCUCCUGUCGGCAGAACGUGGCCCGGUUGAACGAGGCAGUGGACGUGCUGCGAGGCGGAAGUGAUGGUAGCACCGCCUGCCGAGCGCGCUCGGGCCUCCAGCUCUGGAAAGGAAGAGAAAUGGAAGUGAAAAAGUUGAGCAUUUCCUGGCAGUUCUUGAUAGUUCUGGUUCUGAUCCUGCACAUUCUGUCUGCGUUGGAUUUUGACCCAUACAGAGUCCUAGGGGUCAGCCGGACGGCCAGUCAGGCUGACAUUAAAAAGGCUUAUAAGAAGCUCGCCCGGGAAUGGCAUCCUGACAAAAACAAGGAUCCUGGAGCAGAAGACAAGUUCAUUCAGAUCAGCAAGGCCUAUGAGAUUCUUUCCAAUGAAGAAAAGAGGUCGCAUUACGAUCACUAUGGAGAUGCCGGAGAGAACCAGGGCUACCAGAAGCAGCAGCAGCGAGAAUACCGCUUCCGACGUUUCCACGACAAUUUCUACUUCGACGAAUCCUUCUUUCACUUCCCUUUCAAUUCCGAGCGGCGGGACUCGGUUGAUGAGAAGUACUUGCUGCACUUUUCCCAUUACGUAAACGAAGUCGUUCCCGACAGCUUCAAGAAACCCUACCUCAUUAAGAUCACCUCCGACUGGUGCUUCAGCUGCAUCCACAUUGAGCCUGUGUGGAAAGAAGUCGUUCAGGAGCUGGAAGCGCUGGGUGUGGGAAUCGGCGUGGUCCACGCUGGGUAUGAGAGACGCCUGGCGCAUCACCUGGGGGCACACAGCACACCCUCUAUCCUGGGAAUCAUAAAUGGGAAAAUCUCCUUCUUCCACAACGCAGUUGUCCGCGAGAACCUACGGCAGUUUGUCGAGAGUCUUCUUCCAGGGAACUUGGUGGAGAAAGUGACCAACAAAAAUUAUGUGCGAUUUCUCUCUGGCUGGCAGCAGGAGAAUAAGCCACACGUCCUUCUGUUUGACCAGGUGCCCACUGUGCCACUGCUGUACAAGUUGACUGCUUUCGCGUACAAAGACUAUUUAUCGUUUGGAUAUGUGUGUGUGGGUGUGAGAGGGGCAGAAGAGAUGACAAGGCAGCUGAACAUCAAUGUCUAUGCCCCCACCAUCUUGAUCUUUAAAGAACACAUAAACCAGCCCGCCGAUGUCAUCCAGGCCCGAGGCAUGAAGAAGCAGGCCCUCGAGGACUUCCUCGCCCGGAACAAGUACCUGCUGGCGGCCCGGCUCACCAGCCAGAAGCUCUUCCACGAGCUGUGCCCCGUGAAGCGCUCGCACCGGCAGCGCAAGUACUGUGUGGUUUUGCUGACCACCGAGGCCACCAAGCAGAGCAAGCCGUUUGAUGCUUUCCUGUCUUUUGCCCUGGCAAACACGCAAGACACGGUGCGGUUCGUGCACGUCUACAGCAGUCGGCAGCAGGAGUUUGCCAGCACCUUGCUACCAGACAGCGAGAAGUUCCAAGGGAAAUCAGCGGUGUCUAUCCUAGAAAGACGCAACACCGCGGGGAGGGUGGUCUACAAAACCCUGGAAGACCCCUGGACUGGCAGUGAGAGUGACCAGUUCACCCUCCUGGGCUAUCUCGACCAGCUGCGGAGAGAUCCGGCCCUUCUGUCCUCGGAAGCUGUGCUCCCCGACCUGACCGACGAACUUGCCCCUGUUUUCCUCCUGCGGUGGUUCUACUCUGCUUGGGACUACAUCGCGGACUGCUGGGACAGCAUACUGCACAACAACUGGCGGGAAAUGAUGCCCCUCCUGUCCCUCAUCUUCUCGGCCCUCUUCAUCCUCUUCGGCACGGUCAUCGUCCAGGCCUUCAGUGACUCCAGCGACGAGCGAGAGUCCAGCCCUCCUGAGAAGGAGGAGGCCCAGGAGAAGGCGGGGAAGACGGAGCCCAGCUUCACCAAAGAGAGCAGCAGCAAGAUCCCUAAAAAAGGCUUUGUGGAGGUAACAGAACUCACAGAUGUGACGUACACCAGCAACCUGGUGCGCCUGAGGCCAGGCCACAUGAACGUGGUCCUCAUCCUGUCCAAUUCCACCAAGACCAGCCUGCUGCAAAAGUUUGCGUUGGAGGUCUACUCGUUCACUGGGAGCAGCUGCCUGCACUUCUCCUUCCUGAGCCUCGACAAGCACAGGGAGUGGCUGGAGUACCUGCUGGAGUUUGCUCAGGACGCAGCCCCCAUCCCGAACCAGUACGAUAAGCACUUCAUGGAGCGGGACUACACUGGUUACGUGCUGGCUUUGAACGGCCACAAGAAGUACUUCUGCCUCUUCAAGCCCCAAAAGACAGCUGAGGAGGAGGCGGCCCUGGGCUCCUGCGGCGACCCCGACCCUCCCCUGCACCUGGGGGAAUCGCGAGGGAAGUCCUCCUGUGGCCUUGGACCCAAGCCCGCCAGGGGGAAGCUGAGCAGGCUGUCCCUGUGGAUGGAGCGGCUGCUGGAGGGCUCUCUGCAGAGGUUCUACAUCCCGUCCUGGCCCCAGCUGGACUGAGCGUUUCCAAAGGCAGCCGGACUCUGGACCUCGUCAGAGGCGCCUGCGCACAGGUAUUUUCAGGACUCAGACUGUCACACGAGCAGAGUAGAGGUUUAGAUUACCCUCCCAGGACAAAGGCCAGAGGCCCCUUCCCGUGUCCUGUUCUAACCUAGGAGUGAAAAACACCGCAGUUCGAAUUCCCUGGAGCAAAACACUUCCCUUGGGUUUUUUCCUCUCAUUUGAAUGCCGCGCUGUUUAAAACAGACUGCUGUUCGCUCUUUCGUUGUCCCUGUCACGCGCUCACACCACCCUCCCCCGUCCUGUCGCUCUUGGCUGCGGGACUCAGCACUGGGCCUGUGCCAUGGGUGCCUGGACUCAGCCUCAGAGCCUGCUGUGCACCGCGGGCUCGCUUACCCCUCCCCCCCUCCCCCCCAGGCCCCCAGCCCCCCACCCCACCCCCGCUGUGCUCCUGCGUGGCGCAUGCUCUAACACUGGACAGCCCACAGCAGCUUCUAGGCCCUGACCUUGGAAGGGACCCAUUUCCAAGCAGUCUCACACUUAGUGAUGGUUGUUCUGGGCAUAAGUGGCAAACGGUGUAUUUUGGGGGUAUCCCCCGUGACCAUCUGUCGGCCGCGUAGGAGUGGAGGUUCUGCGUGAGUUUGGUUUUCCUCCCAAGGAAGCGGAAGGGGAGAGGCAGGCAGUGACUGAAGUGACGCAGCUCUGUGAUCCUCCGAGCAGCCCCUGGGCCCCGGCCCCCCGCCCCGCAGCUGUGCCCGGGCCCGAGUGCUGUACUGACGCUGAGCCGUUGACAUGUGUGUCUUCAGAUGCCUUUGUGCCUCUGUCAGUUUGGGGUACGGAUAUUAGGAGCCAUAAUUCGUAAUCACAUGUCUGAGCGCAGGGAUGACCGGCUGUGCCCACCUGCCAGGAGCGGGGCGACAGCCUCUUCCCUGAGCGGGGGCCGUGCAGCAAACACCAGACCCGUCUUAGAGUCGAGUCUUCAAACCCCUCAACACUUGUAUUCUGAACACUGCUACCCCAGAAGUGCCGUCUCCUCAAGUCGUCUUUGUGACCAGUGAGCCAAGACUUGUUCUAGACCUCUCCAAAGGCUUCCCGCCUCUGGCCUUGAUGUUGACGUCUCCUCUUCUUCGUUUUCACUCUUCAGACUGCACCGGCAGUGUCAGGGCCGGACCGAUCGCGCACCCCCUGGCGCGGACUGCAGGUUGGUCCCGGCAGUCAAAGCGUGCGUGUGCCUGUUUGUCGCAGGGCGUGGGGACGGCCUUGGAGAGGGGCUGUUCAGGUCCCAAAGCAGAGUGCCCCUGUGAGAAGCGGAGGGCAAACGCAGCGCUAGGACACUGACUUAGUUCCUAUUCCUUUCGUCAUAAUUGCUUUAACCUAUGCCACUUGGAUCCUGAAUAAUUUAAUAUUGAGCUACGGUGGUUAAGUAAUAAAUUAUUCGAGCCCAGGAAUUCCUAUAGUUUCCAUGGAGUCUGUAGCUUUAUUUAAAAAUAAAGAGGUCACUGCCAGGCUUCCUCCUUCCAUGAGGUUCUCCAAAGUGGACGCUUGCGGGAACCGCCGUGGCCCAGUCCGGAACCCCUGGAAGCGCCCGGCUUCAGAGCCACUUCCUGGGUCUCCUGGCACCAGACUGCUUCUCCAAGUAGUGUUUUGGUUGCGUGGUAGGCUUUUGUUUUUAAUGUCUGGUACUAGUGAAAUUCCUGACUGAACCCCAAAAACCUAAAACUCCCCCAGAUGAGCUCCUUUUUCAAGGUCUUGGUUAUUAGAAUGAAAAGCGCCUCGGGACAGCCACGCCUCCCGCUGCGGUAGGAGAGGCCAGCGGCGCUGCACUGACGAUGUGCCUGGCAAACACAUCCGGUCAGAAAUUCUUCCGCAGAUGUCGGGGGAGGGGGAGGCUGGCAGCCAUGUCCCCCAAGGGGACUCCUGCGAGCUUUUAUUUAAAUUGAACUUCACCCUUGGCCAUCGGCGCCCUUCCUCCCGGAAUGUCUUCCAUGAAAUUUGCUCACCUUUGUGUCAAACCUAUGAGCCACUGUCGCGCUGGGCCAGUGCCACCCCACCGUCUCCCUCUCUCAGGUUUGUGGUCACACGUGGGACCUGAACUGGGUUUUAGGUCAACUGCCUGGUCGUCGAGUAGCCACGUGGGCGGGGAUCUCCGGCUGCCACACACUAUGCAUCCUGUUUAGCAGACGCGUGAAAACUGGCCCAAAACAAGGCCUUGUAGAAUACACGCCCAUUUUGAAAGUCAUUUUUUUUAUUGCUCAGGUAUUGGUUGCACACCUUGUCUACCGCAGAGGUGGUGGGCUCCAACCAAGCACCCGGGUGAGCAGGUCCGGCCUGACUCCGCCGGGUGCCCCGCUCCCCGGGAGAGCUGGGCGUGGGUCCCGCCCAGGUCGGCGUCCCCCUCACGGGCAGCCCCCCCACACGUGCACCUUCUGUCGCCGUCCUGACCCCCGUGCAGCUGCCGUCAGUACGGAAACCCUGCCCCGAUACAAAUAAAAAGAAAUGGGGUCUGACCAUGUUUGCAGUGAUUCGCUUUGUUUGGGGCCAGCUCGGAACCUUCCUUCGUGACAGUGACUGCACUCACAGAGGAAAUGUCCACGUCCUGCCCUGGCCUCGCUCCUCGAAAGCAGGUGCAGGUGGCAGCUGCUGCCUCUGUCCCUUCAGUGUGGAGGAGGCCGAUCGUGUGGGAGGCCGGUCCGAGAAGUGGGGGACUCUUUUGCACUUUUGAUACUCUUAGGAACAAAUAACUAACUUCGCAAACUGUGUCUUUUUAUGUUUUGGGUUUUUUUUGUUUGUACUGUGAACACGCACUGACGCUGAUGUCGUUUUGUCUUAAGACUAUUACAGACUGGAAACAAAUAAACUGUUUUACCGUGUGA